AAAAUACAUAACCUAUAAACAACCGCAUGUUAUUGUUGAGCUGUGUUCAAAAAGUUUAUUGCGUUUAUUGUAAACAUUCUUAAUUACUUUUUUAUUUAAAAAAAAUACAACAGUAGUUUAGUUAACAAUUAUUAGUUUUUAAUAUUUGUUUAUAACUGCUUUUGCGUUAUAUUUAAAUCACUAUGAACAAUAAAACAGAAAAACGUCUGACACGAUCCGCAAAAAAAUCAGGAACAUCGAAUUCAAACUUGAGACGACGAAUGAUUAAUGAAACAGAUGUUUUUGAUCGAGAAAAUAUACAAAUUGAAGUAGAAAACCAUGUAUCGAGAACAUUGUUUGAUGAAAACGUUGAUGUAAGUGGCAAAAAUAUUUAUAAACAAGAAGAAGGAUUUAAACGAGGAAAGAUGAUAGAUAAAGCAAAAUCAUGUGUAACGGAGAAAAUUAAAAUUCCAAUUGUAUAUGUCGAGAAGAUUAAUACUUCAAAAGCAAAUACAUCGAGAAAAAAUGAUAUAGAUAUAGAGCAUUUUAUAAAAGAAUUAUUAAGUGAUACAGAAGAUAUAGAAGAAAGUGUGUCUGAAGACAGUGAAUAUGAAUUGGAUGAUUCAGACGAUACUGAAGAAUAUGAAAGUGAUGAUGAUGUAGAAGAAGAGGAAGAUGAUGAUGAAAAUCAAGGAAAAAGGAUAAAUAAUAAAAAAAGUUACUCGAAUGGUGAUAAUAAUGAUGAUAAUGAUAAAACCGUAGAAAUGGAUCAAGAUGAAUCUGAAAAUGAAGCAGUAGGAGGUGCACCAAUUAAACAAAAAAUUAAAAAACUUCCUGUUUCUUCGUCUAGUAAAAAAAUAUCUGCAAAUAAGAAUGAUUAUAAAGAAAUGCAUUACAAUACAGAAGAAUAUUUUGAAUCUCAAUCUGAAAAGAUUUUAACGUCCAAUCAUACGCUUGGAAGAUUAAAAACUGCUAAAUUGGACAAAGAAACAAUAGAUAAAUUAUUGGAGAAAAAUUUACAUAUCUCCGAUUAUCAUUCCGAAGGAAUUGCUCGUCUACACGAAAGAAAUAUUACAAUGUUUAGUUUUUGGCAUUUUAUGUUAAAAGAAGGUUUUAGUAUUUUGUUACACGGCCUUGGUUCGAAACGAAGUUUAAUUCAUGAAUUUCAACAGCAACGAAUCAAGGGUUGUCCAGCUUUGAUUAUAAAUGGAUUUUUUCCAAGUUUAACAUUAAAAGAGAUACUCGAUGGAAUAAUUAAGGAUUUAAUGGAUUUAGAAGUGCCGAGUAAUGUGAAUGAUUGUAUGGAAUUAAUUGAGGCAACAUUGAAAAAACAUCCCAAUGAUAGAAUUUAUUUAUUGAUCCAUAAUAUUGAUGGACCUGCGUUACGUUUGAAAAAAAUUCAGGAUAAACUUUCGUAUCUUGCAAGUUUUCCUAAUUUACAUCUCGUUGCUUCAGUUGAUCAUAUUCAUGCUUCUCUCCUAUGGGAUAAUGCGAAACGUGCAAGGUACAAUUUUUAUUGGUGUAAUGCAACGACAUUUAUGCCAUAUAAAGAUGAAACUUCAUAUGAAAAUUCGUUAAUGAUUCGUCAAAGUGGAGCUUUGGCAUUAUCAUCGCUUCACAAUGUCUUUUUAUCCUUACCGGAUAAAUCGCGUUCUGUUUAUAUUAUUUUAGUCAAUUAUCAAAUAGAAAAUGCACAUGCACAUUAUCAAGGAAUGGCAUUUAAAGAUUUGUAUCAGAAAGCACGAGAAGGAUUUUUCGUUACGAAUGAAAUUACUUUACGAACACAGCUAACGGAAUUUCUCGAUCAUAAAUUAAUUAAAGAAAAACGUGGAGUUGAUGGAAUACAAUAUUUAACUAUUCCUUUGGACAAAGCUUUAUUACAACAAUUUUUAGAGCAACAGGAAGAUGACAAAUGAUAAUUUUAACAUUUUUUUUUUUUAUUUUUGGAGCAAAAUCGGAAAAAAUCCAUUAAUUAAUACUAUCUUAAGUUUUAAUUUAAAAAAAAAACUCUUGUUUAUCGAUAUAUGCCAUACAGUAUUAUUAUUUUUCGAUACAAGUUGUUUAAUAAUAGUUCAGGAACUUUUAGAAUAUUUUUUACAUUUUGAUAAAAAUAAAAUUUUUUAAUUUU